AUGGAGACAACGACCCGUCUGGCACAUGUCAUUUCGGUUCCGUUUCGUCAGGCCCUAAAUAUCUCGCUUCUCCCUCACCAGCAACAGCGAGACUGGACUCCACGAAGUAGCCCUCAGAAAGGCCCAAUCCAGUUGGCCGGUCUUCUGUUCCGACCCGCUGAGGACGGUUCGCCAAAACGGCCCGGUAUCGUUGUCAUCCAUCCUGGUGACGACGUCAAGGAGCAGACGGCGCAACUGUAUGCAAAGAAACUUGCCGGGGAAGGCCUCAUUACUGUCAGCUACGACGAUUCUUAUCAGGGCGAGAGUGGAGGCGAGCCUCACUUUCUAGAAGAUCCCGCGGCAAGAGUCAGCGAUGUUUGGGCGGUUGUCGACUACCUGCAACAACUGAACGGAGUCGACCCUGAGAAAAUCGCCGUCCUCGGCAUCUGCGCCGGGGUGGGCUAUGUUGUGGUUACUGGGAAGGCCGUUGCGACGGUCAGUAUGGUGAAAAUCGGCGACUCGGCUCGUUUGGGAUGGUACGGCUAUGAAGACCCUUCCAAACACGUCGAUCGCUCAAGAUGGCGGCUCAGCAAAUCACCGCCGAGGUCACCCAGGGCGCCGAGCAUGCUGCUGCCCCAUACGUGCCACCGCACCCGGACGAGAAGACCCCGUACGAUUUGA